AUGCAUAAUCAUAAACUAUCCAAUGAUUUGGAAGGCAAUGACAUAUUGGUCCGUCUAAAAGAUCAUGAUAGAAAGUUUGUGAAUGAAAUGACGGAAUACAAUAUGGCUGCAAGGUACAUAGUUGCUGCUUUGAAAGACAAAAGUAUAGAAAAUCUCAUGAGUGUUACUCAGGUUCAUACAUCUAGAGCUACAUACAGAACAAGCAAGAGAGGUGCAUUGACAGAAAUGCAGAUGUUGUUGAGCCUUAUUCAUCAAGAGAAAUACAAGUGUUGGACUAGAAAUAUGGACAACUCAUAUGUUGUAGCUGAUAUCUUUUGGACACAUCCUAAUUCUGUGAAAUUGCUGAAUAUGUUUCAUUUGGUGUUGAUUUUUGAUUGCACAUACAAGACAAACAUGUACCGGAUACCACUACUUGAGAUUGUUGGUGUUAGGUCAACGAAAUUGACAUUUUCAGUUGCCUUUGGGUGUUUGGAGCAUGAAAGGGAGGACUAUUUAUCAUGGACAUUUGAGACGCUUAAAGAGUUGUUCUCUUCGGAAAAAUUGCUACCAAAGGUUGUGGUGGCAGAUAGAGAACUUGCAUUGAUGAAUGCCAUGGAAUCCGUGUUCCCAAAUGCAACACACUUGUGGUGUUCGUUCCAUAUUUCAAAUAAUGUGAGCAUGAAAUAUAGAGAGUAUGUCAAAUAA